AAAUCGAUUAGCAUUGUUUGCGAAUAUUUCCAUUGUGCUUGCGGAAAAUAGUACAUUUUUUAAGAUUUGCGAAUUUUUCUGAAAAUUAGAUUCCAAAUAUUAUACAUUUCAAAAAAAUCUCUUAUUUUAAUAAAAUUAUAUUAACAUGGCCGGAAUAGCUCCUCUGUCUACCGGUGUUAUUGAGCGUAUUAUGCGGGGUGAGGAAGUGGAUAAACCUGUCUUGCAGAUACUGGGCACCAAGAAGAUUACCGGCGGUGAAACAGAUCGUCUCCGUUUAUUAAUUUCUGAUGGAAAGUUUAUCAACAGUUAUUCCAUGUUGGCUACCCAACUCAACCAUUUGCAUGCAGAGGGCAAACUUGCCGAGUACACUAUAGUCCAAGUGGACAAGUAUAUAACAUCUGUGGUUAAUGGCAAAGAUGCCGGCAAACGGGUAUUAAUCAUACUGGAGUUAAGCGUACUAAAUCCAGGGACGGUUGUCGGUAGAAAAAUUGGGACGCCCGUAUCGUACACGGAAGAAGCAGCAGCACAAAGUAAUAAAGCUAGUUCGAGCAGCAGUAAUGCUGCCGUGAAACCGCCCAGUGCUGCUGCAAAUAACGCAAACAGAAAUGACAAAAAAGCAACACUAUACAACAACAAUAACAGCUCAUUCAGUCAGGAUUUGAAUUCAGGACUUACUAGUCCAAUAUCUAGCUUGAGCCCAUACCACAAUAAAUGGGUUAUUAAAGCACGCGUUACAGCUAAGAGCCCCAUGCGUACGUGGAGUAAUGCAAAGGGUGAAGGAAAGCUUUUCAGCAUGGAUCUAAUGGAUGAAUCUGGAGAGAUUCGCGCGACCGCUUUCCGCGAGCAGGCUGACAAAUUUUACGAUAUAAUUGAAGUUGAUCAUGUUUACUAUAUAUCGAAAUGCCAACUUAAACCAGCAAAUAAACAGUUUACCUCAUUGAAAAACGACUACGAAAUGACGUUGACUGGCGAAACAAUGAUACAAGCAUGCGAGGAAGAUGAUAAUGACAUACCAGAAAUCAAGUAUGAUUUAGUACCCAUAUCGCAGGUGGCGAAUCUGGAACCACGCACAGUUGUCGAUACAAUUGGAGUAUGCAAGGAAGUUAGUGAAUUGCAAACCUUUACUUCUCGCACAACCAAUAAAGAAUUUAAGAAACGUGAGCUGACACUCGUCGAUGCGAGCAAUGCAGCUGUGAAUUUGACCUUAUGGGGUGAUGAAGCAGUUAACUUUGACGGCUACGUACAACCGGUGAUUUUGGUAAAAGGUGCACGUGUGACGGAGUUCAAUGGCGGCAAAAGCCUAAGCAUGGGAAAUGGUACUGUAAUGAAAAUUAACCCCGACAUUUCAGAAGGUCAUAAAUUGCGUGGCUGGUUCGACAAUGGCGGUGGUGAACAUAUUUCAAAUAUGAUUUCGACCAGAACCGGCGGUGCUGGUGGCGGCUUCAGCACCGAAUGGUUGACAUUCCACGAAGCGCGUGACCGAAAUUUGGGCGCGGGCGAUAAGGCGGAUUACUUUCAAUGCAAAGGUGUUGUUCAUAUUGUCAAGAGUCAAAAUGCAUUCUACAAGGCUUGCCCGCAGGCGGACUGCAAUAAGAAGGUCAUUGACGAGAACAAUGGGCAUUAUCGUUGCGAGCGUUGUAAUGCUGUUUUCCCCAAUUUCAAAUAUAGACUACUAAUUAAUAUGAGCGUUGGCGAUUGGACCUCAAACCGCUGGGUUACUUGCUUCAGCGAAGUGGGUGAGCAGAUGCUGAAGCGUUCGGCACAGGAGAUUGGUGAUCUUUUAGAAAACAACCCACCCGAAGGUGAAGAGGUGCUCUCGUCGAUCAACUUCAAUUCAUACAUUUUUAAAUUGCGCAGUAAAAUGGAAAUGUUUGGUGAUAUGCAACGUAAUAAAUUGACCGUACAAUCAGUUGCUCCAGUAGACUACAAGGAGUAUAACAAAUAUUUGAUAAACAACCUGAAGGAGUUGACCGGUAUUAAUAAAAAUUAAAAUUAUACUCAUUUAAAUUGUUUAAGAGAAUUAUAUUUACGUUCAUUUUUAUCUGCUCUUGUUAUUAAAAUAUUAAAAUAUGUUUGUCAUAAAAAAUAA